AUGAGUAAUUUUAAAAGAAAUGAUAAUUUUCUAAAAAGGAAAAUCCUUACAAAGCCUAUUUUGGACAUCCAGAAUUAGAUGUUUUGUUGGGUAAUAUCUUUAAAAGGGUAGAUCAUUUUUAUUGAGUAAGACACAUCAACCACCAUUUAUAAAUAAUUCUUGAGAUAUUGUAUUGGUUAUUCAUUUCACAAAAAUCAUAUUUCAAUUAUUUUUGAUCAGUUUUGUGAACAAUGGUCUAAAAUCGUUCCUAAAAAAUAAAUUGAAAGCUUAUAACAUUAAGAAUAAAAAGAAUUACAACAUAAGAUUGCUUGCCAAUACAAUUAAAUGUAAUAGUAAUUCACCAUUAAGAAUAUUGAUUCCUCUAUAUUUUAUUUGGAUUUAUCUAAAUCAGAAACUGAAUAGGCUGUUGAAAAUUACUGA